UUCCUUUCCUGGUGAUAUGGCUGGUGAUGAGCUCGUUCGGAGUUUCUGGGAACAAAGAGGAAUUCAAUGGAUCGUGGGGUGCGGGCCGCCCGAUGACGAAAUUGGACAAGGCGAUGGUGAUCUUGAUAUCCUCGGAUGGGUUCAGAUGGGGCUACCACCAGAAGGCACCGAUGCCCAAUAUUGACAGGUUGCGUUUGAACGGCACAGAAGUGGAUGCGGGGAUGAUCCCCGUGUACCCAUCGGUGACUUUUCCAAACCAUUACUCGAGUGUUACGGGACUGUACCCAGCAUGGUAUGGAAUCAUCGGCAACCAUUUCAGUGAUCCAGACCUCAACAGCACGGAGAAGUUUGACAUGCAGAAUAAUGAUCCGAAGUAGUGGCUUGGCGAGCCCAUUUGGGAGACGGUGGUGAAGAGCGGCUUGCACGCGGCGACGUAUUUCUGGCCCGAAUCUGAGGUUGUGAAAGGGCCGUGGAACUACCCUCAAUCCUUUUGCCACCGCUACAACGGCUCGGUGCCCUUCGAGGACCGAGUGGAUGGCGUGUUAGGGUACUUGGAUCUGCCUUCGGAGCUGAGACCCAGCCUGAUCACACUUUACUUUGAGGAGCCGGACGAAGAGGACCACGUUUAUGGACCCGACGCACCGCAGAUCACUGAGCAAAUUGUGCGCAUCGAUCGCAUGGUUGGAAAGCUCAUGGACGGGCUCCAGGAGAGAGGCAUCUUGGACGAUGUCACAAUUAUCAUAAUUGGAGAUCGCGGCAUGCUGGGAACUUGCCCUGACCGGGUGAUAUGUCUCGAAGAUCUCAAACCGUGGAUUGAAAUCCCCGACGACUGGGUCGAUUCCUAUUUCCCCAUUCUGUCAAUUCGGCCACCGUCUGCAGUGGAUGUGCGAUCAGUCCUCAAGAAUAUUACAAAUGGGUUUGCCUCCGGGCAAGUGAAAAAUGCUGAAUUUGUGAACAUAUACCUGAAGGAAGAUUUGCCAGCUCGGUUGCAUUUCCCCGCGGGCAACAGAAUCCAGCCGAUCAUUGGAAUGGUGGCGGAGGGUUACAGAUUGGAAGCUCAGAGGACUAACAAGUCCAUGUGAGCUCACGGCUACGACAACGCGCACCUUUCCAUGAGGACGAUUUUCUUCGCGCACGGGCCUCGAUUUGCGAGAGGCAGGAAAGUGCCAUCGUUCGAGAAUGUGCAGCUGUAUAAUCUCAUGACGUCUGUUCUCGGAAUCUCGGGCGCUGCUAACAAUGGCACGUCUCUCUUCGUGGAAUCUGUUCUGUUGCCGAAAUCCUAAUGUUGGAAAAAUACGCCGAGGGUUUCCAGCCCAAUACCAUACUCGGGGCCACAUUGAUAUCCGCCAGCUUCGAACAUCAGUUAUGUAAUAGUGUCACCAAAACUAGAAGAUCAGGUCUGUAUUCUAUAAGUACAGUGAGAGUGAAGUUCUUUUCUUGUGAAAGAUCAACUUGACUCCCUUAGGUCAUCUGAGAUCAUGUAUAAAUUCAACACACAUGAAAUAUAUCAUCACUUUUGUUUGUGUAAA